AUGACAAGCACUGGACCUGUCAUCGUGUUUGAGUGGCUGAAGACACUCCAACUCUCUCAGUAUGUGGAGUCCUUCGUGGAUAACGGCUACGAUGAUCUGGAAGUUUGCAAACAAAUUGGGGACCCCGACCUGGAUGCUAUCGGUGUCUACAUACCGCACCACCGGCAAAGGAUCCACAACGCGGUGCAAAGGCUGAAAGACGAAGAUAAGGAGACCGCGGCGGGGCUGUAUUUUACACUUGAGCCGAUGCCCCCCGCGUCCGAAAUGUAUCCUAGUCACCUGGUGGACCAGUACGAGUCCAAACUGCGGGGGUCCAAGUCUUGGACCGAACCGAAUAGUGACCGGGUCGGAAGGAAUGGGGGCACGUAUCUGGGCGCGCAGAGGAACCUGACGCUUGGCAACCGGAGGGAGCUGGUGAUUUACCCCAAACUGAAGCUGAAGAUCAUGAUUAGGGAUAAAGUCAUUAGAGAUGGAGUCAACCUUGCCAGGCCGCCAUACUCAAACAAGGUAAUAUCAUCAUCAAGACUAUACCUCUCACUGGAAAGCUGUAUAGCCAAUGCAUACCAUACUCCUGAGUGGUGCAGUGGUCUAAGGCACUGCAUCGCAGUGCUAACUGUGCCACUAGAGAUCCUGGUUCGAAUCCAGGCUCUGUCGCCGCCGGCCGCGACCGGGAGACUCAUGGGCGGCGCACAAUUGGCCCAGCGUCGUCCAGGGUAGGGGAGGGAAUGGCCGGCAGGGAUGUAGCUCAGUUGAUAGAGCAUGGCGUUUGCAACGCCAGGGUUGUGGGUUCGAUUCCCACGGGGGGCCAGUAUAAAAAUAUAUAUAUAUAUAUGUAUUCACUAACUGUAAGUCGCUCUGGAUAAGAGCGUCUGCUAAAUGACUAAAAUGUAAAUACCAUCAUUAUAACCAGUCCCAUGCCAUGCAAAGGAUAAUCAAUCAUCCAAAUCAUUUUGAAUCAGAGAAAGAUGCUAGUCAUGAAAUAAAUGUUGGGUUGGGUAGGCUAUAUCAUAGAUAUGCAUCUCAGAUCAAGUGGUUAUUGGCUGAGCCAUUGCUGGUUGUCAGGCCUCAGGAGAGCCCUGUCUGACCCUAUUGUCCCCUGGGGAUGUGUCCCUGUCUGGCCCUAUUGUCCCCUGGGGAUGUGUCCCUGUCUGGCCCUAUUGUCCCCUGGGGAUGUGUCCCUGUCUGGCCCUAUUGUCCCCUGGGGAUGUGUCCCUGUCUGGCCCUAUUGUCCCCUGGGGAUGUGUCCCUGUCUGGCCCUAUUGUCCCCUGGGGUUGUGUGAGUUAGUGAAUGCUGCCGUGGUGACGGCUGGCUGCUGUGGAUCAAUGACCAGGAAGAGGAGGAGCCUUCAAUAAUUAUCUGAUUUCCUGUAGAGAUAAACACACUUGGAUGAUUGAUUGAUUCACACUCACCUGUCUAGUGUUUCUCACCUGGCUGGUGUCCACAGUCCAGCCCUCAAACACCAGACCUCUCUGAGGAGUUGGAGGAUCAACCUGCGUCAUCAUGCUCAUAUUUGCCCAGGCCAUUUGAGUUGAUGAAUGUGUGCCAUCAUCAUUGAUUAGCAGUAGUCUAAAUUGAGGGUGUCCAGCUGGUUUUCUGCUGGAGCUCAUUUGUGGAGGCAGAUUGAUAGCAUCUUUAUAUCAGAUCAGUGGAUGUACAUCAGAUGCUCAGCCUGCUGAGGGCUAACUCAAUGACCACUUUGUUAGUACACAGAGAGAGAGAGAGCGAGAGCGAGAGAGAGAGAGAGAGAGCGAGCGAGAGAGAGAGAGAGAGAGAGAGAGAGAGAGCGCGAGAGAGAGAGAGCGAGAGAGAGAGAGAGAGAGAGAGAGAGAGAGAGAGAGAGAGAGAGACAUACACAUACACACAGCUUUUGUCGCCAUAGCCAUGCAAUGUACAUUCAAUUUUUUGGAUUAGAUGAAAAAGAUCAGUGUUUUAUUCGACAUUUCAGAAUAUUAUCUCAUGCACAUGUUAUUUGGAGGGUUUCCAUUUUAAUUCAUCCUUAAAUCUUGAUAUCUUACAGUGAACAUGCAGACUUUAUUUGGGAUUUCUAAGUAAUCAAUAUUCAAAUUACAGUCAGCCAUGACUACUCUUAAUUUGGGUGUAUUGUUAGCGCUUCUUCUGCCUCUUUGUAUUCCUGGCAUUAUCCCUUUUUUUUCCGGGAUUAUAGGCUAACGUCAUGUUGAAACAAAGUGUUGGUUCCAGAGGGUUAAACUUUGAAGGCUGUAUUUAUUUAGAGCCAAAGCUUCGACGUUGAGGCUUUGGAGGAGAAUGAGCAGUUCAAGGUCUCUCUCUCUCUGUGUGUGUGUGUGUGUGUGUGUGUGUGUGUGUAUAUAUACAUAUAGUAUGUGAGUGUGAAACCCUGCAGUAGAGUGUUGAAUGUGAUCCAGACCAGUGGUUUCUCCUCAGGAGCGAGUCAAGUGUGAGGAGCCCUCAGUGAUGGAACUGUGGCCAGCUGGCCUCUGAUUGGUCAGUGCAGGGUUCUUCUCUCUCUGCCCCUGAGACCAGACAUGGUAGUCUCAACAAGGCUUACAUAGUGCGUUAAAUACAGCAUAAAUAAGCAAAUGUAGGUUGUGUAGAAGGGUCAGUGUCCGGUAACCAUAUGUUCAGCUGUUCACACUGUUUGUCUGUUUGUUUGUGUGCUUAAUGUAUAGACACAGUACUUCCGCCAGCAUAGCUCAGUGAUGAUGCUCUGAAGUGUCGUUGACUGCCACAUCCCUGUGAGGCUAUAGGAUCAUAAGCCAACACUUCACUACAAGGGCUCUACUGGGAGACAUUAAUACCCAUGAUCCUUAUCUAGACCACAGGGAGCCCUUGUCUGGGAGAGAGAGAGAGAGAGAGAGAGAGAGAGAGAGAGAGAGAGAGAGAGAGACUCAGUGACUGUCACGCUCUGGUUCCGGGACUUGGUAUUUUAGCCAGAGUGUGUUAAGUAUUGUUGUGUUUGGGUUGGUUGGGUGGUUAUUGGUUGUUUCUGUGUUUGGUUGAGUGACUCCCAAUCAGUGGUAACGAGUGUCAGCUGUCGGCUCGUUAUCUCUGAUUGGGAGCCAUAUUUAAACUGUCAUUGUUCACCUUGGGGUUGUGGGUUUUUGUUCCAUGUACAGUCAUUUGUCACUGAGGACUUCACGAUCGUGGUUUGUUUUGUAUUCUCGUGUGGAAUUAUUAAAGUCAAGAUGUUCACUCCCAACGCUGCGCUUUGGUCAUACUUCUUAGGCGAUCGUGACAGAAAAACCCACCACAACGAGACCAAGCAGCGUGUCCAGGAGCCAACGCCAGAAGCAACUCUAGCGGAUAUCCACUUCGACUGGGUCAAGCCGCGUGAGGAGGAGAGAGGUUGGACUUGGGAGCAGAGGAUAUCCACUAGAGUUGCUUCUGGCGUUGGCUCCUGGACACGCUGCUUGGUCUCGUUGUGGUGGGUUUUUCUGUCACGGUCGUCUGAGGAAGCGGACCAAUACGCAGCGCGUUGAGUGAACAUGAUGACUUUAUUUAAUCAAGCAACCACGAAAACAAAUAAACGAAUGACGAUAGUGAAGUCCACAGUGACAAAUGACUGUACAUGGAACAAAAACCCACAACCCCAAGGUGAACAAUGACAGUUUAAAUAUGGCUCCCAAUCAGAGAUAACGAGCCGACAGCUGACACUCGUUACCACUGAUUGGGAGUCACUCAACCAAACACAGAAACAACCAAUAACCACCCAACCAACCCAAACACAACAAUACUUAACACACUCUGGCUAAAAUACCAAGUCCCGGAACCAGAGCGUGACAGUGACCAUAGCCUUGCUAUUGAGAAAGGCCGCCGUAGGCAGACCUGGCUCUCAAGAGAAGACAGGCUAUGUGCACACUGCCCACAAAAUGAGGUGGAAACUGAGCUGCACUUCCUAACCUCCUGCCAAAUGUAUGACCAUAUUAGAGACACAUAUUUCCAUCAGAUUACAGCGAUCCACAAAGAAUUCGAAAACAAACCCAAUUUUGAUAAACUCCCUUAUCUACUGGGUGAAAAACCACAGUGUGCCAUCACAGCUGCAAGAUUUGUGACCUGUUGCCACAAGAAAAGGGCAACCAGUGAAGAACAAACACCAUUGUAAAUACAACCCAUAUUUAUGUUUAUUUAUUUUCCCAUUUGUACUUUAACUAUUUGCACAUUGUUACAACACUGUAUAUAUACAUAAUAUGACAUUUGAAAUGUCUUUAUUCUUUUGAAACUUCUGAGUGUAAUGUUUACUGUUAAUAUUUAUUGUUUAUUUCACUUUUGUUUACUAUCUACUUCACUUGCUUUGGCAAUGUUAACACACGUUUCCCAUGCCAAUAAAGCCCUUAAAUUGAAUUGAAUUGAAUUGAAUUGAAUUGAGAGAGAGAGAGAGAGAGAGAGAGAGAGAGAGAGAGAGAGAGAGAGAGAGAGAGAGAGAGAGAGAGAGAGAGAGAGAGAGAGAGAGAGGGGUAUCAUUGCUCAAACAUCAUUGCUCAAACACAUCACAGUUCUGGAUUUCUCAUUUGAGAACAAAACUAGCAUUGACGAUAGUGUUUGGUGUGUAAUUGUUGUGUGCAGUGCAGUCAUAUCGCUUGCUAAUGGCUACAUAGAUACUACACUUGUGCUUAUUGAUUUUCUUGGUUCCUUUUAAUUCCUUCCUUGCAUUUUCCUGACUGAGAAGUUACUUUGACACCAUCAACUACAAAUGCUUUUGGAAAAGAGGAAAACAAAUGAACUGAAAUGACAUUUUCUUCCUGUGUCGGUGUCUGAGGUUAGGGAGGCCUAAUUAGAUCUUUGCUGCUUUGCUUUGCUCUGGAGCAGCAGCAGAAAACAGUGAUUUGGAGCAGCAUGGCUCAUCCCCUCGCUGUGUUGUGGUGACAAUGUUGCCAUUCCAAAGCAUGGAGGCUGAGGAGACACAAGGAGGAGGGUACUAUAAUCUCUGUAUCUACUCUAUGCUAUCUGCAAGAUGUUAUAUCUAACCAUAUUGAACCACAAACCCUGUCCUUGAAGCAAACAGAGAUUUGUGGUCAAAUCAUGGCAGUUUCUGCAAAUUAAAGUGGAGAUGUUGAAAUGAGUUGGGAAAAUGUUUUUUUUAAAUGUGCCCUGUCUUCAGGUGCCAAAAGGGUUGCAGAAACAGCAGCAGUUAACAGGAUAGUGCUCUACCCUAUAUUUCGUCUUGAUCCAACCAAUCAGAUGAUCUGGAAUGGAUGGGAAGGACAGCUGGUUAAAUGUUAUGGCUUUGUGAUGCUGAUUUGAAUCGCUACUAUUUCAGUUACAAAACCGUCCACGAUUUGACCGUCUAUUAAUGUCCGCGUUGUAGGGCAUUAGAUAGCAGCCUCUGUCCUGUACACCAACCACAAUAGUACAGUCUCUCCUCUGUAUGCCCUGUGUCUGUGUGGUUAGGAAGUGGAAGCUAAACACAGGGAGAUGUCCCCAUUGUUUGACUGCAGGCUGAUGGAGCAACAUGUCCAUUCACUAUUGUUGUGUUUUGGAUUUCCGAUUUCCGCCCAUGGAAUACCACUGAGGAGGCAAGUGGCCUGCAUUGUCCUGAUGGGAGGGUGAUGAAACCACUGGGUGUCAUGCAGAGAGGAUGAUUGCACAUAGAUGGAGGUUUAUGCUGCUCAAACAGAAACAGGACUGGAAUCAGUGUUUGUAAAGAGGAUUGGGCUGCUGAUACUGAUCUAAGGUCAGUUUAGCAUUUCCCCCAAUGUUAGGAUUUGUGGAGGGUAAGCUGUUCCUAGAUCAGUGCUUACGGGCAACUUCACACCACUUGUUCAAAGCCUUAAACUGACCGAGAGCAGUUGAUUCAAUCUGGUGGGAGUUCAUGUCAAGCUUGUGGCUUAAUGCUCCUUGCCAAUGUGAGACAUUCAGUUAAUACAUGGGGUUGUUGAGUGUUUGUGAGGGAAGAAGGAAAGGCAGUAAUGGGUAGUUGAUGCUAUUAUUGGCUUCCUCCCUGAGUGAAAGGACAAGAUCGUCACCUUACAUGCUUCACUCUAACCUUGCUUCCUCUCUUAGUUCUUUGAAUAUCCCAGCUUCCUCGCCUUUCAGGAAAUGAGCUUUCUGUUAGAGAUCCUCUAGUUGGCCUAAUGAGAACAUGACCACGGUCCACUCCUGCAUUGUGGCUUUAGAAACCCCUUAGGCCAGACUGAAGUACUGCCAAACCGUAGUGUGAAAAAGAGGCUUGUUUAUAGUGGUUUAACUUCCCGAAUGUUUCAGAUAUAUGAUAGUGGUCAUAACAAUGUAUUUAAAAUGUGGCGUAGUAUAGUGCUAAGUAAAAUAAUAUACAUUUCUGUGUUACUAUUUUAUGGUACAUGCAUCAUCCAUAACAUUGUUCCCCACUCAAAAUAGCAUAUGACACCAGGUGAAUAACUCCUUCCCAAUCAAAUCAAAUCUUAUUGGUUCACAUACACAUAUUUAGCAGAUAAUAUUGCGGGUGUAGCGAAAUGCUUGUGUUCCUAGCUCCAACAAUGCAGUAGUAUCUAACAAUUCACAACAAUACACACAAAUCUAAGAGUAAAAUAAUGGAAUUAAGGAAUAUAUAAAUAUUAGGACGAGCAAUGUCUGAGUGGCAUUAACUAAAAUACAGUAGAAUACAGUAUAUACAUAUGAAAUGAGUACAACAGUAUGCAAACAUUAUUAAAGUGACUAGUGUUCCAUUUAAAGUGACCAGUGAUUCCAUCUCACCGCUUUCUCGCAAAGAAGACGUUACGCUCUGUUUUUAGAUAAUUAAGAGCUUUUUCAUUAUUUAUACUCCAGGCAGCAGAGUAAUUUGGUGAAAGCUUUUUAUUUAGCCAAGCAUCUUCUUUUCUUCAUGUUACUAACACAGCACCCUGCGGGCUGGCAUGCUGCCACAAGAUGGGAAAAGGAGACCCUUUAGAACGAAACGGUCCUGGUGUUUGCUAAGGUUUCUGCUGAAAGCCCUGUUUGCUUUCAGCCUUUAUUAAGGACCCUUUAAAGGUGUAAUCAACAACUGCUCGUAAAAAGAAAGUCAUCAAAUGUAAAGGACGGCCUGUAUGGGCUUGAGUCAGGGAGAGAAAGUAAAUUAGCAGAGGAGGGGGAAGGAGGGGAUGUAGGGUCAUAAAGGGAUGUACCACACUCAUUCCCUUCACACAAAACACACUCAAAUUGCUUUACUACCAGUCUCCUUUUAAACUACCACUUAAAGGCUGCCUAAUAUAGCCUGGUCCUAGAUCAGUUAGUGCUGUCUUGCCAACUCCUAUGGUAAUUGUCAUGUCAACGACUAUAAAAGUUUGCUAUACAGCACAAACAGACUUGGUACCAGGCUAUGCGUAAUAAACACUAGCACUUGAGAACCUGAACAACAUCUGGGUGUGUUGUGGCUAGGCUGCUAGCCUUGACCCCUAGUGGGUUUGACCUGCUAGUCAAACACUAGCUGAGCUGGGGUGAUCCUGAUCAGAGUUGACAAGAGGAAACGGACCAUACUGUACUACAGUCCCUCUGGGUCUCAAUGGUUCUAGCUCCAGUACACUAUCAGAAUACAACAUUUACAUUUUGGGUAACAGCGCCUCCGGACUGUGAGCUCAGUGCUGUAAUGUACAUGCAACUGCCAAAAUAAAAGAAACACAAGCAUAAAGUGUGUUAUUAGGACAUUGGGCCACCACGAGCCGCAUGACUAGCUUCAAUGUGCCUUGGCAUAGAUUCUACAAGUGUCUGGAACUCUAUUGAAGGGAUGCGACACCAUUCUUCCACAACAAAUUCCAUCAUUUGGUGUUUUGUUGAUGGUGGUGGAAAACGCUGUCUCAGGCGCCACUCCAGAAUCUCCCAUAAGUGUUCAAUUGGGUUGAGAUCUGGUGACUCACAUAGACACACACACACCCUUUAAACCCUCUAUGCUCCUUUGAGACCCCUCUUUCAAAGUCACUGAGAUCUCUUCUUCUAGCCUGGUAGCCAAAAUAAUGGGCAACUGGGCAUUUUUAUACAUGACCCUAAGCAUGAUGGGAUGAUAAUUGCUUAAUUAACUCAGGAACCACACCUGUGUUGAAGCACUUUCUUUCAAUAUACUUUGUAUCCCUCAUUUAAUCAAGUGUUUCCAUUAUUUUGGCAGUUACCUAUAUGUGAGGCUCCUGAGCUCUUCCACAGCUGUCAAAAGAAAUCAGAUAUAUAUGCACCCUCAGUCUUGUGAAGUUUUCUGGAAACUAAAGGACUAGCCUGCUACGUAUAUUCUCCAUAGAGAAUGGUGUGUGUCAUUGUUUUAUCAGAGCACCACAAUACAUUUUAAUGGCUGGCUUUCUGUCCAGUCGGGCCCACAGAGACAGACAGACAUGACCACCCUUCUCCAGGGAACAAGUGAAAAUGUGGGAAAAGCAGUGUAACAAUGUGUGUGCAGCUGGCCUUCUCAUUUCACUGGGACGUUUUCCUACUGUGCUCUUUCUUUCUCACAUGAUCGAGUGGCUUUUAAGCAGCUUUAGUCAUACUUGCUUAUGUGAGGCUGUGGGUGUAAGUAGACUGUUCGAAUUACCCAGAAACACAGUUGAAAUGCCUCAAAUGCUCUAUCGAAUAAUUGACAUAACAUUUACAGUUACAAUGAUGGAAUUGUUUAGAAAUCUAUCAUGGCAUAUAUGCUGUAAAGUUUUAGCCACAGUAUACACUCAGCUUCUUAGUCUAAUUCUAUACUGGCAAGAUAUACUGUAGGUCCAUCACAUGGCACAUCCAUAUCCCUUACAGAGCUAUGCUAUCAUGGCAACACCUUUAAAUGAAGCGGCCAGACUGUGUUGUUGCCGGUCGCUGCAGCCAUUUCUAUUUCCACUGUAUUCUGUAGAAGAGGUCCUGAUGACACAUGAAUAACAGAUAUAUUAUCAGAUAUGUUAUCAGAGCUAUUCUGGUACUACAGGGAUGGCUGCGGCAGCCUUCAGACACACACUGGCUGUCUGCAUGAACAUACUGCAUCAUGGUCUGGGGAAGAGAAAGCUAUGUUCAUGGUCAAUAUCAAUGUUAUGUAUCUAGAAAACUAUACUGCGCUCUCUAACUUUGUCAAGGUUUCACUAAUUAGUUGAAAAUACAUACCGUACAUUCACACUAAACGUGUGUUUAUACACUGAGCACUGAAUUGAUGAAUUGGUUUAGGUUUACUUAAUCUUUCUACAGUGUGUGUAUAAAUAGGCCUAAAUUGAAAGGUCAGAGGGUCAUGGAGCUGUUUAAAUAUUAUAAUCCAUGAUUUCCAUAACAGUGGUUAUUUUGCUCUUUCAGGAAGCAGGUGAGAACGUGAGAGAGAAUCUUUGCUCACAGGAAUCUUUGCUCAAAGGCAGCAAAAAACAUGUAUUUAUUGUGCACAUUUCUUCAACACUUCUGACUCUGCUCCAGUGUUAAAUUCAAUGGAUAAUAAUCAUUUAUACUUGUGUGUAUUAUACUAAUGUGUGAAUUGGACAUGUGUUUUUUGCAUAUCUGCUAGGCUACCUGCUUUCCAGCUAGGUUUAUGUCCAGAGGUUGGAUAGCAUCAGAUUUAUUCAGUUAGCAUUGCUGAAAAUGAAUCAUAAGGGGUUCUUUAUAUAUACAGUAUUACAGCUACAUGUACAACACCAUAAUGAAUUAAUCCUGUUCAGCAACAUGGACAGGAAAGCAAAUGAAGCAAUCAAGUACCCCUGUAGGAUAGAGAGUGACAAGAGAGCAGGCUCCAGCAUCUGUCUGUGUCAGGAACCAGAUUGCACACAUCCCCAUUGCGUGUAAAUCACAGUCGGGUUGAUUAAAGAAGGGAUCAUUAUACCAACCUAUUCUGUAGCCAAUGAUUGGAGCUCACAGGAAAUCACUUAGUGUGCAAUCAAAACACAGAAUAAUUUGUGGUUGUAGCCCAUAGAGUUGGCCUGUGUUAUAUCUUCUUAUAUUAGCAGGUGUGUGACCUAUUGUGUCUCCCUCCCACUAUGCACACCACCAGUCAGGGGUCAUGCACCGGGGGGGCUGGCAAGGCAAGGGUUGCCACAGAAACAGAUUGUGGGUAUUUCAAGAUUAGUUACCUUGUUUGUCCUGCUGCACGUAGUCUGGGAUUGGAGGUAUUAGGAGGUUAAGUGGCAGAGUGCAGAUUGGGAUUAUUGCAUUUUAUUGCAUAAUUCUGGCAAAGAUGCAUAAACUCCAGUAUUUUUCCUGCAUUGCUUGUUCACCAUCUUCUUUUUAAAAAGGGAGCCAAUUUGUUUUCAGCUAUUUUAUUUCCAUGACUGCUAUUUUAUUUCCAGACAUAUGGUGAGCAAUAUGUUUGGAACAUCUAAUCGCAAUAAAAUCACAGUAUCGAAUCACAAUACGUAUAGAAUCGUGAGAAUUGCAAUACAUAUUGGAUCGGCACCUAAGUAUCGUGAUAAUAUCAUAUCGUGAGGUCCCUGGCAAUUCCCAGCCCUAGCUAGUCCUGAUAAUGUGUUCUUUUGGAGGGCUUAUUCUUUGAAAAUUGCAAUGUAGUUCUUAAAAGACUCCAACCUUUAGGAUCAAAUGUCUUCAGAGGUCAAUCCUAUAAUAAUAUUAUUUUUUUAUGAAGCGAAGGGGGGCUUGUGAUGUGUGCAUGUUUUUACUGCAUACCUAUAAUACAUCAACACUCUUUUUCAUAGUCACGACUCUGCUUUUAUAAAAGGUGGCAGAGCACUUUCUCCAGUGUGUUUUACCAGCCCUAGCCCCUGUCUCCCCAGUCCCCAUGGUCUCUGUGUCAAAUGGAUAGUGUAAUCCCUUCCGUGUGAAGAUAGUGUUAAGCAGGGGGAGUGAGGGAUGAGGGUGCUCCCACCAAAGCAUGGGUCCAGGCUGCAGCAUCAUAAAUCAGCAGCUGUAAAGUUACAGACAGGAUAUGAUGUCAGGUGACCUUUCCCUGGUCCCUGGGAGGAUGCCAUGGGUGUUCAGGUACAAUAGUUACAGGGUGUAAGGGAGCACACACACCGCACCGAAUGUCGAUUUGCUGUUUGUUCGCCGUUUGUUGUGCUUGGUGUGUUUUAGGGACCACCCGCCGCCGGUGGCCGUCUGUCUUACGACAUUUUCAUGCGAGAAUCGGUUUGCACUCUGGUUUGCAAAUUAUGGCUGGCACUCUGUUCAGAGGUGCAAAGUACUCUCGGCCAGCAAAUGCUACCGGUGUGUCCAGAACUUAAGACCACCAAAAGUAGUCACACUAUUACCCUGUCCUCUUUAAGACACAUCUAAGACAGCAUGAGUCAUUUAUCAGAAUGAUGAGAGGAGUAGGCCUAACCCGCAUUUAUUUGAACCAUACUGUAUGUCAGAGUGGUCCCAUAGGCCACAGGGCAAGAGUGUGAGAGGUAGUGAGAAAGGGAGAAAAAGAGAGAGAGGGGGACUGUGAUUAUCCUGUCUGAAGGUAAUAUAAGGGGGUCAGGAUAAGGAAGGUAAGGAACGAACACAGAGAACCCACCCCCCCUCCCCCAUCUCCCCCUCCCACUCUCUCCUCUCUAAUUGGUCAAUUUCCAAUGCAUCAGUGCAGGGCUGUGCAGAGAGGCUUUGAUCAGGGGGACCACACGGGUGUUGAUGUGUCUCUGUACCUGGCUGAGGGGCUUUGUAGUGGCUGUGCCUGGCUGGGUUGUAAUACACAACACAGUGUCUGUCUGUGACUCUACAUACCUGGCUGGAUCCAGACCUUCAUUAGCCUAAACAACAAGUUAGUACACUCCUCUGAUUCACUCAAACACACACAGGAAUGAGAUUAUCGCACAUGCCGUUUUUAUAUAAUUAUAAACUGGAUGGUUCGAGCCCUGAAUGCUGAUUGGCUGACAGCCGUGGUAUAUCAGACCGUAUACCAUGGGUAUGACAAAACAUGUAUUUUUACUGUUCUACUUAUGUUGGUAAUCAGUUUAUAAUAGCAAUAAGGCACCUCGGAGAUUUGUGGUAUAUGGCCAAUAUACCAUGGCUAAGGGCUGUAUCAAGGCACUCCAUGUUGCGUCAUGCGUAAGAACAGCCCUUAACCGUGGUUUAUUGGCCAUAUACCACACCCCCUCGUGUCUUAUUGCUUAAAUAUACCACAGGCAUUUUAUGUGUCUGACUCUGGCCUGUGUUUUGUGGUUUGCCACCUCUGAUACGGCUUGUCUGGAAGAGUAAAUGCUGGUGUGUGUGUGCAUGUGUUCAUGUGGGUGUGUGCAUGUAUAUAUGUGUGUGUGUGUGUAUAGCACACUGCACAGCAUGCUACACCACAGAGAGGAUGCUAAUUAUGGCAAGUGCAUAACAGGUGCCAGUUUAAUGUAUGCUGCAAAGGCAUUUUACCUCUGAGGUUCCCUGAUAGUAAUAGCCAAUUAGGCUUUUAUCAGCACUGACAGAUCAUGUACCCUAUUUAACUGAUGUAAUAUGCAACCCUUUGAUUUGCCUCUUUGGAUUUGUAUUAGUCCCGUGUAGCUCAGUUGGUAGAGCAUGGCGUUUGCAAUGCAAGGGUUGUGGGUUCGUUUCCCACUGGGGACCAGUAUGAAAAAAAUAAAAAUAAAAUGCACUCACUAACUGUAAGUCGCUCUGGAUAAGAGUGUCUGCUAAAUGACUAAAAUGUAUUAAUUGUCAAAUGGAUUGUGCCAUUGGGGAUGGAGAGAUAGAUGCAGAUGUAUGUUAUGAUGGUGAGAUAGCUCAUCAGGCUUAUGCUGUGAUCGGAGAGUCUGGGGGUUAACCAAUCAGGGGCUGUCAUUAGCAUUGCCAUUCUGGGCACGCUCAGUAUGGAAGGUCAGAGUUCACUGGACUAAUUAUUUCUGUGUGCACUCUCUAAAUGUCAGUGUUCAUUGUUAAAUUCAUUAAAUAGGCCUACUAAUUGCCCACUACUGAGUUUCAUGGAAAGUGGAGGCAGCUUAGGCUCAAUUGAGUUCACAUGGUGGCCUAGAGCCAGGAAAUCAUAUUUUAGGCUUUUAAAUCCAUGGAAUCUUCUGUCCAAACGGCUGUCCUACUGUUACUCUUUGGCAGUAGCCAGGUCAUUUUUAUGCUACGUCAAUGCUAAAUGGUUGACCUGCUAGAGCAGGGGUAUUCAACUCUUACCCUACGAGGUCCGGCGCCUGCUGGUUUUCUGUUCUACCUGAUAAUAAAUGUACUCACCUGGUGUCCCAGGUCUAAAUCAGUCCAGAUUAUAGUGGAACAAUGAAAAAAAUGCAGUGGAACUGGCUUCGAGGUCCAGAGUUGAGUUUGAGGGUGCUAGAGGCUUGAAGGAUGCUCACGUACUCCUGUGGCUAUGUGAGGUCACUGUGUGUUAUUGGUGGAGAUUGAAACGUGGACUGUGGAGUUCUGGUGCAGUCUGAGCUGCCAGGGUUGAACCACAGAACCACCAUUUUGUGUCAGCAGAUCUUUGUUGCAGGACGGUGCCAAACCAACCCUUGUUUAUUUUAAUAGCUCUUGGGAUUUGUUCUAAGGGGAGGAAUUUUCUGAACCUUAAUGUGGAAAUGUGUGGAAGGCUCCUUCUCUCCUUCUCCUCUGAUUCCAAGGCUCUUUUGUGACAUGCAGUGUUGGACCUCCAGGCUUUGUGCCUCAGUUAGUUAGCUAUAGCUCCAUCUCCACCCUCACUUUAGUCUUGGGGUUCUAGUUUCAUACCAGGCCCAUGGAGGAGGGAGUUGUUUCUUGGCCUGUGUUGACUCUGUGUGUAAACCUACUCAUCAGAAAGCAUGUCUUAAUUAAAGCUGUCCUCGUUUGUCAUUCACGAUUGUCCCCCUUUAUGUAACCGUAGUGAUGGCUUUUGAAAUGUUUUCCCCCCAUUUAAAGAGGAUUACGCUAAGAUUAUUAUUUGUUUUGACGAAGGGGUUUUCUAAAAUAAAUUCUGAUUUUUUUGUUUAACUUCUAAAUGUGUUCCCUUGACUACGUUACAAGACUGGGAGAGACAGCUGAGUCUGCUGUUGUUGUUUGUUUGUUUAUAUUGAGGGCGGUGUCUGCUGCCAAGAUGGACUAAAUAACUCUAAUAUUCUUUAGUUAAUGUGUGGUGGUCAGUCUGGUCACAGCCUUGUGGUGACAGCCAGGAAAAUGGUUGCUUAUUCUGUCAAGGGUGAAUUAACACACACACACACACACAGAGAUGCAGGCAAACAUGCACUAGAGGAGAAUAAAUGAUCCUAGCGUUCCCAUGCAUGCCCAUGUUAUAUUUAUGACAGUCUGUUUUAAUCUGUGUCUGCCUCUUCAAGGUUGCGUUUGCGUGUCUUAAAUGUGAGCAAUUUAUUCAAUUACAUUGUCAACCAACCUAUGCUUCAUAGCUUUAGACAUUGAAUCAUUGAUUGAGGUUUAUUAUCUCAUGGAAGAAGUUAUGAAGAAUAGGUAUGAUUGAGAGAGCAGAUUAAACAAGAUAACCUUACUAUAUAGAUAAGUGGCUGCUCAUGAAUGGCUGGAAGAACGAGUGUCACUCUACUCAUCAUUAUAUACUGUUUACUGACAAAACAGAAUGUUUGCGUUUACAAUAUUUCCUUCAAAUUCAAAACACCUGUGUAAUUAGAAAACAGAGACCCCAAAAAAAGGGACUUUUACAUGUCACUUAAAAAAAAAAGCUCAUCCAGUCCCUUUUUUUAUUUAAUUGAUGGUUUCAAAUCCCUCUAGGCAAAAAUACAUUGGGUCAAUAUGGAAACAAAUGUCUGUCAUUGGGCCUUUCCCUGCUGCACAGUGCUGUAAAUAUAAUCCUUCAUCACACCAUUGAGGCUUAAGGAAGUGUCCUCCCUCCCUCCUGUCCUGGAGGGUCGGUCAUACUCUGAGGCUAGAUGAGAACAGUCUGUCACUCCCAGAACAAUAGACUGUUAGGCUGCUCCUCCUAAAUCCCCCACAGUUCCACUCUCUGUCCACUCCAUUUAUGGAACAAUCGCAUGCGAGAUAGGGGCCACAUACCCCCCUUACAACCCCUAAACACCCACCCCAACCUGCCCCACCCCACCCCCCCUCUCACAGUGGCCAAAGCCACAGUCCUACACUAUGGGCCAGCUCAGCUCAGGAAACACCAGCUGAUGCCAGUACUGAGGCUGAGGAGGGUUAUAGAAUAG